GUGAAAUCCGAUCAAACAUGUUAUGGAUCCCGACCACCUGUCCGACAUUAAUUUAAAUUAUCACGUACCUACAUAAAGUCUUGGUGCAUCCAAACAUUUUUGUUGUGGUUGUUUUUUUUUGCUUCCACUUCCUGUCCUUACCGUUCUCCUAACCUCCCCACCUCUCCACCUCGAAUCAAGAUGUCGGGUGAUGUAGCUACCGUCGCGACGGUAUAUGGCGCGAUCCUUCUGGGCACUUGCAUUGGCUGCGGCCUCACUGGAAUCGUAUUUGUCCAAACCGUCUUGUAUUUCAAGUUUUAUCCAUCCGACAGCAUCUACAACAAAAUUUUGGUCUUGGUCGUCUGGGCACUGGACAUGAUGCACACCAUUCUGAUUAUCGUCGCCGUCUGGGAAUCUGUCAUCGUGAAUUUCGACAAGCCAGAAUUGAUGGAUCUCAUUCCAAAGGCUUUAGGCCUAUCUGUAGCCAUAACCGCGGCGGUCACCUUCCUCGUCCACUGUUUCUUUGCUAACAGAGUCCGUAAACUGACAAAGAAGUGGUAUUUCGCUGCACCUCUUGUCUUCUUGGCAUUUUUGCGUCUUCUAUCUGCAUGUGUUUCGACGACCGAAAUCAUGCGACUCCGCCACUACUCGCUAUUCAUCAAGCCAUUCCCAUCUUGGGUAUUCACCCUCGGUGUCACCUUAUCCGCGUCUGUGGAAUUUAUCAUCACCACGGUCAUGGUUAUCUUCCUUGGACGGAGUCGCACUGGUUUCGCAACUAUGAACCACAUCAUCAACUCACUGAUCUUGUACACGCUCGAGACCGGAAGUUUCACUUGCGCCGUGACAAUCGCUUCUCUCAUUUGCUGGAUGGUUAUGCGCCAUAACUUGAUCUUCCUCGGAAUGCACUUCGCGAUAGCCAAACUGUAUGCCAACUCCCUUCUCGCCACACUGAACACACGGAAGCGCUUGCGUGCAGACCGUUCCUUCUCAAGUCAGCGCGAGGCCGAUGUGUACCCAGGAUCGCUGAACAUCCAGAAAUCAUCGCAACGCAUCCUGGGCCCUCCCUCACCUAUCAGAGCCGCACACUUAAAUGUCAAUGUGGAGACCACCGUCGUAUCUAUCAUUGACGACCCAUGCGAGGACUACGAUAUGGCUGACAUCGAGUCCAAAGGCUGUGAUACCGCAUGCGGAACAGAGAAGGACAGCAAGGAGUUCUUACCCUAAUUGCCCCUUCCUACCGUACUAGCAUCAAUCCAUGAGCCCCAAUCCUCAGGCUCUUCACUCGGCGGACCCAGCCACAAGGGAAUUUGACUGACAUCGCAUGGCGCGAUAAUUGUUACACUGCGCUGCUUUCAGUUUUGGCUUUCUGUAAUAUAAUAUAGCUAAUAGCUCUACCACACUCCUUGCACAUCACACUCACUCUUUCUGGCCCCUUCCCGUCCCCAUAUUCGACGUGUCCCGCACAUCUCACGUCUACAGUCUAUCCACUUACCCGUAUACACAUCUAUUGUACAUUCGAGCCCACUGCUUGCAUUUCCUACAUACCGGACUCCACCAGCACUUGUAUCUUUGGCUUGAAUUUGGAUUCUUGCUUUCGAAGCGUUUUUCGAUGGUGUUUACUUCGGUCAGUGUCGGUCAGUGUUCAUCGUAGUUGAUUGAAAUUAUAUUUGCUUUGGAUUCUA